UGGUGGCCAGUGGGACUGAGUGAGCUGUGUGCCGUGUAUUGACCCGCUUCCUAGUCCUGAAUUCCUUUCAGAAGCUCCGGCAGGGAGGAUGAUACAGUCAGACAAAGGAGCAGAUCCACCAGACAAGAAGGACAUGAAGCUUUCUACAGCCACCAAUCCACAGAAUGGCCUCUCCCAGAUCCUGAGGCUUGUGCUGCAAGAGCUGAGUCUGUUCUACAGCAGAGAUGUGAAUGGGGUGUGUCUCUUGUACGAUCUCCUCCACUCGCCGUGGCUUCAGGCUCUGCUAAAGAUUUAUGACUGCCUCCAGGAAUUUAAAGAAAAGAAACUAGUUCCUGCCACACCACAAGCACAGGUGUUAUCCUAUGAGGUAGUGGAGUUAUUACGUGAAACCGCUACUUCCCCUGAGAUCCAAGAGCUGAGACAAAUGCUCCAGGCUCCACACUUCAAGGCCUUGCUCAGUGCCCAUGACACGAUAGCUCAGAAAGAUUUUGAACCCCUUCUCCCUCCACUGCCAGACAAUAUCCCUGAGAGUGAGGAAGCAAUGAGGAUUGUUUGCUUAGUGAAAAACCAACAGCCCCUGGGAGCCACCAUCAAGCGCCACGAGAUGACAGGGGACAUCUUGGUGGCCAGGAUCAUCCACGGUGGGCUGGCGGAGAGAAGUGGGUUGCUAUAUGCUGGAGACAAACUGGUAGAAGUGAAUGGAGUUUCAGUUGAGGGACUGGACCCUGAACAAGUGAUCCAUAUUCUGGCCAUGUCUCGAGGCACAAUCAUGUUCAAGGUGGUUCCAGUCUCUGACCCUCCUGUGAAUAGCCAGAAGAUGGUGUACGUCCGUGCCAUGACUGAGUACUGGCCCCAGGAGGAUCCCGACAUCCCCUGCAUGGACGCUGGAUUGCCUUUCCAGAAGGGGGACAUCCUCCAGAUUGUGGACCAGAAUGAUGCCCUCUGGUGGCAGGCCCGAAAAAUCUCAGACCCUGCUACCUGCGCUGGGCUUGUCCCUUCUAACCACCUUCUGAAGAGGAAGCAACGGGAAUUCUGGUGGUCUCAGCCGUACCAGCCUCACACCUGCCUCAAGUCAACACUAUACAAGGAGGAAUUUGUUGGCUACGGUCAGAAGUUCUUUAUAGCUGGCUUCCGCCGCAGCAUGCGCCUUUGUCGCAGGAAGUCUCACCUCAGCCCGCUGCAUGCCAGUGUGUGCUGCACCGGCAGCUGCUACAGUGCAGUGGGUGCCCCUUACGAGGAGGUGGUGAGGUACCAGCGACGCCCUUCAGACAAGUACCGCCUCAUAGUGCUCAUGGGACCCUCUGGUGUUGGAGUAAAUGAGCUCAGAAGACAACUUAUUGAAUUUAAUCCCAGCCAUUUUCAAAGUGCUGUGCCACACACUACUCGUACUAAAAAGAGUUAUGAAAUGAAUGGGCGUGAGUAUCACUAUGUGUCCAAGGAAACAUUUGAAAGCCUCAUAUAUAGUCACAGGAUGCUGGAGUAUGGUGAGUACAAAGGCCACCUGUAUGGCACUAGUGUGGAUGCUGUUCAAACAGUCCUUGUCGAAGGAAAGAUCUGUGUCAUGGACUUAGAGCCUCAGGAUAUUCAAGGGGUUCGAACCCAUGAACUGAAGCCCUAUGUCAUAUUUAUAAAGCCAUCGAAUCUGAGGUGUAUGAAACAAUCUCGGAAAAAUGCCAAGAUUAUUACUGACUACUAUGUGGACAUGAAGUUCAAAGAUGAAGACCUACAAGAGAUGGAAAAUUUAGCCCAAAGAAUGGAAACUCAGUUUGGCCAAUUUUUUGAUCAUGUGAUUGUGAAUGACAGCUUGCACGAUGCAUGUGCCCAGUUGUUGUCUGCCAUACAGAAGGCUCAGGAGGAGCCUCAGUGGGUACCAGCAACAUGGAUUUCCUCAGAUACUGAGUCUUAAUGAGACUUCUUGUUUAAUGCUGGAGUUUUAACACUGUACCCUUGAUACAGCGAUCCAUAGUUGCAAUCUAAAACAACAGUAUUUGACCCAUUUUAAUGU